AUGUUUUUAUCUAUCUAUCUAUCUAUCUAUCUAUCUAUCUAUCUAUCACAAGUUGUACUUAUCUCUCUCUUUCUUUCUCUCUCUAUAUAUAUACAAAUGUUCGUAUCUAUCUAUCUAUCUAUCUAUAUAUCUAUCUAUCUAUCUAUCUAUCUAUCUAUCUAUACAGAUCUAUCUCAAUAUGUUUUAUUUAUCUAUCUAUCUAUCUAUCUAUCUAUCUAUCUAUCUAUCUAUCUAUCUAUGUCUGAAGUAGUGGAGAUCCAUGGCCAUCUAUUUCUUAAUACGGCACAUAAAAAUCAACAUCGGCCUUAUCAUAUCUAUCUCCAUUUAAGUUUAUUUUAUUCUUGCUUCUUCACGGUUGACGUCCUCGACCCCACUCUCUUUCAAAUAGAAGUUCAUUUCAUUUAUUCUUUCCAACUAUUUCUUUCUUUCUUUCUUUCUUUCUUUCUUUCUUUCUUUCUUUCUUUCUUUCUUUUCUUUCUUUCUACUACUAUUCUUCUUUUUAUUUUAUUUAAUCUGUUCUUUCUUUCUUCCUUUUUUCUUUUUUUUAAUGUCAUAUCUUUUCUCCCUUUCUUUCUUUCCUUCUUUCUUUCUUUCUUUCUUUCUUUCUUUCUUUUUCUUUCUUUCUUUCUUUCUACUACUAUUCUUCUUUUUCUUUUAUUUAAUCUGUUCUUUCUUUCUUCCUUUUUUCUUUUUUUAAUGUCAUAUCUUUUCUUUCUUUCUUUCUUUCUUUCUUUCUUUCUUUCCUUUCUUUCUUUCUUUCUUUCUUUCUUUCUUUCUGUUCUACUCCGCACUCACAAACAAAUAAAUAAAAUUGAAUCGACUCGGUACAGGGGAUCCGUCCUCCAGAAAGUACCUCUCAACGGCGCUUAA